UUCCUUUUCACCACCUUCUCCAUCACUAUAGAUUUCGCUCACGGACCUUGAUCCAUCCAACGUACCCUACCGUCUCACACGUGUCCCUUGGUGUCGGCGACUCCUCAACGAACCGAACUGUGGUACAACCGAUACAUCAACGAGCCACAACCAAAAAAGCCUGGAUCUUCCUAACCUCCUUACAAAGUGUUUCUUUCAACAAAUCGUUUUCAGAACUUCAGAUCUUACAUGAACUCUCUCACCGUUGAUUGAAGUUUUGUUUCACUAGGUUUGAAUAAUGGAGGUGAAAGAGAGUGAAAGAGUGGUAGUAAUAGCAAAACCAGUAGCUUCAAGGCCUUCAUGCUCUAGCAUCAGGACAUUCACUGACCUUUUUAGUACUGAUUCAGUUACUGUAUCUCCCCAUGAGACUUUAGACGCUGUUAUUAGACCAAAGACUCUGAGGUUUAAACAGCCAGUGGUAGCUGCGGUCUCAUGUCCAAAGGUUGAAGGAAAAGAUAAAGGAAAGUCUUGUGAUGAUUCAGACAGCAAAAGCUAUGUAGUUUAUAAACCUAAAGCAAAGCUUGUCUCAAAAGCAACAGUCUCUGCAUUGGCUAAUAUGCUUCAGGGGAAUAAUCAUCAACAGGUUUGGAAACAAAGCGAAGCAGUAGCCUAUGGGAAGAGUGUGAGCCAAGGUACACGUCCUUACCUAGUCCCUAGGGUUCCAUCCUUCACGGAAUCAGAGACAUCUGGAGACAAAUCUUCCGUGGACGGAUACAACUGGCGGAAAUACGGACAGAAGCAAGUCAAAGGAAGUGACUGUCCAAGGAGUUACUACAAAUGCACACACCCUAAAUGUCCUGUGAAGAAGAAAGUGGAGAGAUCAAUGGGUGGUCAAGUCUCAGAGAUUGUGUAUCAAGGUGAGCAUAAUCACUCAAAACCGUCUUGUCCUCUUCCGCGGCGCGCUUCAUCAUCAUCCUCUUCAGGGAUUCAGAAACCACAAAAGGAGUUACAAGACCCUACUAAUGUCUAUCACCAUCCUCUUUGGAGCAACCAAAGCAAUGACUCAUCUAAAAAUAUAACUGAGAAGAUGAAUGAAGGUUGUGUUACAACACCAUUUGAGUUUGCUGUUCCAAGAUCGGCUAUCUCAACUGGUGGGAGUUCGGAUUCUGGUUGUAGAAGUAGCCAGUGUGAUGAAGGUGAGCUUGAUGAUCCUAGCAGAAGCAAGAGAAGGAAGAACGAGAAGCAAGCAAGUCAAGGAGGAGUAUCACAAAGCUCAGUGGAAUCAGACAGUCUUGAAGAUGGAUUCAGGUGGAGGAAGUACGGACAAAAAGUGGUUGGAGGCAAUGCGCAUCCAAGAAGUUAUUACAGAUGCACGAGUGCAAACUGCAGAGCAAGGAAACAUGUUGAGAGAGCUAGUGAUGAUCCAAGAGCUUUCAUUACAACCUAUGAAGGUAAACACAAUCACCAUUUCAACUUGAGACCUCCAACUUCGCCUGCUCAUCCAUUUACUUCCCAACAACAUUCUAAUCAAGCAAUUUGAUGAUUACUCAGUUGAUUCUUCCUCUUCAAUCUUCAUAGCACAUUUUAUUAAUCAAUCAUUUUCUUGUUUUCAUUGUGAAUUUAUUUUAUUUGACAUCAAAAUUGUAAGGAAACAAAAAGAAAAAGCAAAUAAAAAGAGUGUUUCAUUUUCAGUGUUGAACAGAAACUAAUAAAC